CGGGAGGAGCUCCCGUGCCGCCGGGUCCUGCGCGCCUCUUGCCGUGCCGGCUGAGGGGAGGGAGCCGUGGCGGCUGCUGAGCCGAGGAGGAGGUAGCUGUCUGAGGCGGGAGUGGGACGUGUGGAAAGCGGCGAUACGGGGGCCCGAAAGUGGCGGUGGGCGGGGCUGCUCCUUUGGUUUUGGGGUUUUUUUUGGUGGGGUUUUUUUCCCUUUUUCUGUUAGGGAGUGCUUUCUGGGUGAGGCACUCGAGAGCCGGCAUCUGAUUUGAGAGUACCUGUUGAAAUGUUGCCAGGGGACGACUUUACCGUGAAAGGGUUUCCACCCGGCAGCGGUUGCGCGGCCGCCCCCGCCCGCGGCUUUCCUGCCCGCCCCGCCGCGCUCCCUCCUGCCCGCCGCAGCACCGCUCCCUGUGCCGUCCCCGGGGCUCGCUGCCUUAUCGCUGUCCUCAGCGGCUGCUGUCACUGGUGAAGCCUGUUAUCGCCCUCGGGAAAUGUUAGCAGGAAGUUCACUUCGCGGUGUCACUGCGUGGCGCCCAAAGAUACCGAAGUCCGUAGGUUUGUACUGCGCAGCAUUCCGUGAACAGGCCUUGGUGAAAAGGGCCCUGCUCGGAGGAGGACAUACACGCAAGAGAUGCGGUUCGAUUUGGCAUGCAGGCACAGCGCCUUUCCCGGUUCUGCUGUUGCCUUCUGGAGCAGAGUCACCUGUGGGCAAAGCAAGCCGCAGUCUCUUUCCACAGCACCAGGAUGAUUUGUUCAUGAUAACGUCAAAACCAAUGACUCCAUUAUGAACACUUGAGUAUUUCGAAUUUACAUAGAAGAGUGAUUAAAAAUAGCCGAAUUUCUAGGGUUCACUCCGCUUAUGAAGAUGGCGUCUGUUUCAGACAGCCCUGCGUUCCAGCCAGUGAGUAGUGGAUCCUAUGAAAUGUGCACCUUUCAGAAAAGGAACGCUUACGUUCCCUGGAGGCUAGAAAUGCCUUGCAGAAGCUCAGAGCCAGGAAAGGAAUGAUGAUCAGAAACCUAACUAGGUGCCAAGUUGAAACAUGAGGUGCAUUGCGUGUUCUAGAAGUGAUAAUGCAAGAAUGCCAUUCUGGUAUCUUUAAAUGAGGCCCAUACGUAGAGUUAUGAAAUUGCUGCAGGUGGGUUUUAACAAAGAAGGAUGUCAUGAACAUUUUCAAAGAAACCAGUUUUGUCCAUAUAUGCAGAAAUAAUAAUUUGUAAAUUAUGUGACUCAUAUCAUAGUUCAUCUUUCCCCCCCCCCCCCCUGAUGAUUAUACUUAGAAGUUUAGCAUUUUGAACUCUCUAUUUUUUCCUCUGCAUCCCCACUAGCAACUGAAUGGGUUCCUUCUUGGUUGUGUCAGUGCUAUGGGAUAGCCGGUAGGUGCCCAAGCCACGUCCUCGUUCUGAGGAUGGGACCUAAAGCUUACUGCUGUCUUCCUUCUCUCUACAGCUGUCUGGUCUCCCCUGGAGGGAGGUCUUGCAGGGGAUGGGAAUCAAACCCAAUAGGUUAUGUAUCUGGGUGAUCAGGAAUAGAUGUUGAGUGCACACAGUGGGACACAUCUACUCCAUGCUUUAGAUAGAGCCUCUGGAAACUAAUCUUGGAGACCUUUUUCUUUUAUUUUCUUUCCUGUUUUAAGUGCCUUAAUGUUCAGGGAUACCCAUAACAUAUUUUAAGUUUAAAGAAGGGUUAAACAAUGAGAGAUGAAAAAUUGCUGUCAUGUUGGAGAAAGUUAUUUGUUGUCCAAGGCCAAAACAGGACUGUGAGAAGUUUAAAGAGAUCUGAGCAGGCUGAGUGGAUUGACUAACAGUGUUCAGUUCUAAUCAAUGCAGACAGUCCAGGCUGGAUUUUUUCUUUUUAACUUUUCUAAAUUCAGCAUGUGCAUUUUGGUGUGAUCUGUAAAAAGUGGGAGACCACCUUUGUAAAAUCAGCUCUUAUCAAUACAGAAGGAACAUGAUGAAGGACUAUGUAAAAAAGUAUGUUGUUUGGUUUUUUUCUGAAUUCACAUUAGCAGUACAGCUUCAUUUGGAAUGACUGUGCUUACUGAUCACCUCAUUAAAGAAUUCACACAGAUGUAGAAUUGGAAGGGUAGAGAAGGUGUUCAAGGGGUGAGGAAAAAGAGAGAGAGAUUGCAGGAAACUGGGAUGCAAUAAAAUAAUAUCCAACCGGAAGGAUAGCAGCUGAAUUUAAAAUUCAAAAUGUGUGAAAAGAGAUACUUUUUGUUACGUGCCCUAACUAUGGUUUGGAAUUUGUUUCUUUGGGAAGCUGCUGAGGAACAGACUAUUGUAGAAGAGUGUGAUACUGAUAGGAACACCGAGAACAUUUGGAGCUGUAGUUAACUCUGUCACACUUUGUAAGGGAUAUGAGUGUUGACCGGCUAGUCAGAGAGGGAAAAGGGCUACUAAAAAAAUGCAUUUAGGAAAAGCUGGGUGCAUCACUGCUUUCCACUGUCCAUAUAGAUGAGCUAUAGCAUGUGGUUACUGUAGCUGCCAUGUAUAACUUGUAACCGAAAAAAGUAACAGGAGGUCAGGGGAAAACGCCGGUGGGGUAACUCUGCCAGUGCGUGAAACAUCUCCUGGAAGGAGCGUGCCUGCCCCGCAGCCCGACCUGCCGGCAUGUUGGGCGAAGCUGACCCGGGAGGCCGGGGCGAACCGCGGCCUGAGUCGCCGCGGUGCAGCCCGCCCUGCCGCGUCCGGGGCUGCCUUCUGCUUUUCGGUUUCAUUUCCAGCCGGGGCGGGCGGUGCUGCGGGAAACGAAACUGGGGCGGUGCAUGCGAGCCGCCGCGCCGUACUGGCAGCUGGAGCUUCCGGGGGUGCUGGUGUGUCUUGCCCGCGGCUCGGAGGUACCGGCGGGGCGAAGGCGCGGGGAGGGCAGGGGAUCCAUUCGUUCCCGCCGAGGCAGGCUGCCCGCACCUCGGCGCUCGACGGCUGCCUGCCGGCUGCUCCACGGCCGGGAGCCUGGAUUCAUCUUCGAACCUUUUGAGAUUGUGCCAGAAUGGACCGUGAGUGUAUGGACAAGAUCAACAAUUACUGUCAAAAGCAUAAACUUACACUGGCUUAUGCCAGUGUCAGGAUGACCGGCCCAUCUCAUGAUCCUGAGUUCACAGUUGUGGUUAAAAUAAACGAUGUAGAAUAUGGUACUGGCACUGGUAAAAAUAAGAAGGAAGCAAAUGCAGCAGCAGCAAAAAAAACCUGGGAAAUGCUUAAAAACCAGCCAGAGAGUCCUUCAAAUGUGCAAGCUGCAAAAUUAAUGACAUCUCCAGUGACCUCAUCACCUGUAGCACCCAGCAACUAUGUCAGCCUACUAAAUGAGUAUUCACAAAAGACGUUGCAAGCAGUUGAUUAUUCUAACAGAACCCGCUCUGGAGCCGCCCAUGCUCCCGUGUUUUCUUGUAGCUGUAUGAUUAGUGGUGUUUUGUAUGGAAUUGGCACUGGAUCUACUCAAGGUGCUGCAAAACAAGCUGCCGCAAAACAAGCAUAUGAGAAGCUAAAUAAGGAAUCAGCUCUAACAAUGGAAAGCGAAACAUCUAAUGACAAUUCUACAUUUAGCGAACGUAGUAAUUCCUCUCGAGUGCCAACUCAGUCUGACUCAGACAGUAUUUGCUUUAAAGACUCAGCUGCAGAGUUGGUAGAAAAAGUGAAAGACAUGGCAGUAGGUGAAAAGCCUGCACGUUCUCAGAAAGAUGCACAAGGUUCUGCCCAGAAAUCCAGAAGAAAACUGGCAGCUAAUUUUGAUAAAGCAAUAAACAAGCAAGAGGAAAAAAAGAUGUCAGAUUCAGAUGAAAGUUUGCCAGAUCUGGACACAAAUACCAGUGAGGAGAAUGAAAGUCCAUACACUGUGAAUAAAAGAUUUCUUAGGAAAUUUAAAAAUAUAAUGCCUAUUGGUGCAGGUGGUUUUGGGAAUGUUUUCAAAGCAACAGAAAAGAUUGAUAAGAGAACCUGUGCAAUCAAACGAGUUAAAUUCACAGACAAAGUAAUGCGUGAAGUAGAAGGACUUGCAACACUUGACCAUGAAAACAUAGUGCGGUAUUAUUGUAGCUGGAAAGGGCAUGACCACAUAAGCUUUCCAGACUCAAGCCAGAAGCCAGAAGUAAUUCUCUGUCUUUUCAUCCAAAUGGAAUUAUGUGAACAAGGGUCAUUGGAAAACUGGAUUGAAAAGAAUAGACUAGACCAAAAGUAUAACCAGAUGGCAGAAAACAAAUUUUUACAAAUACUGGAAGGGGUGAAAUAUAUUCAUUCUAAAGAGUUAAUUCAUCGAGACCUCAAGCCUCAGAAUAUAUUCAUAUCACGUCAAGAUAAAAUAAAAAUAGGCGACUUUGGUCUUGUGACUUCCGUGACAUAUGAGACACUGACUGAGAACAGAGGAACAAAAUCAUAUAUGGCACCAGAACAGUUCGGGGACAAAUAUGGAAAAGAAGUAGAUAUUUAUGCACUGGGAUUAAUUUGGUUUGAAAUUCUUUCGGCAUUCACUAAUCAUGAGAAAAAUGUGGUAUGGAGCAACGUUAGAGACGGUAAACUUCCAGAAAGCUUCACCAACCAAUUUCCAACAAAUGCACCCAUAAUCAAAAAGAUGCUUUCAAGAUGCUUUUCAGCAAGAUAUUCUGCAUCUGAAAUACUUCAUUUUUUAAAACCUAAUAAAGGCCUUAAUGUCAGACCCCCAAAAGGUAACAGCAGUUUGCCUGUUACUCUGUAGUUAUAUACGUCAAAGACUUCAGACUUGCCUGGACUGGAAGAACUCUGUGUAUGGUGGUGGCAAGCAGGGAGAAGAGACGGGCACAUUAGUCCCGCAGAUGCUUGUCUUUGACAAGAUACAGCUCAAACAAUUUGUUGCUGUGAAGCCCACAUAACUUCAUAAAGGCAAAUAAGCAGACAUUUCUAAGAAGAAAAACAGUAGUAAAGUACUGUGUGCUUUUUCUGAAAUGUUAAAUGGGGUUAAAGAGGGUGCUUGGUUAAAAGGAAUAAUAUAAAUGAGUGUAUAAUACAUUUUAUGUUCUUAUGAAAAUUUUUGCUGAUCUGCUGCAAGUAUUUGUUGCUAAACAAGAAUGUGAUUUUUACAUCCUUUUGUAAGGCCUGAAGUUUUCUUUUUUUCCUCCUUGUCAUGAAUCACAAACACAUAGAUCUUUUCACUAUUCUGAACUAAUUAGUAUUUCUUUGUUGUGGUCAAGAUCUGGGAGAAAUGAUAUGCUGACUGUUGGGUUUGCCUGGCAAGGUUUUGGUAGCGGCGGGGCUACAGGGGUGGCUUCUGUGAGAAGCUGCUAGAAGCUCCCCCUGUGUCUGAUAGAGCCAAUGCCAGCCGGCUCUAAGACGGGCCCGCCGCUGGCCAAGGCCAAGCCAAUCAGCGCCUCUGUGAUAACAUAUUUAAGGAGAAGAAAAACACUUAGAGAGAGCGCUUUUGCAGCCAGAGAGAGGAGUGAGAAGAUGUAUGAAACUCUGCAGACACCCAGGUCAGUGCAGAAGGAGGGGCAGGAGGAGCUCCAGGCGCCGGAGCAGAGAUCCCCCUGCAGCCCGUGGUGAAGGCCAUGGUGAGGCAGGCUGUCCCCCUGCAGCCCAUGGAGGAAGGAUGAGGGGGUGUAGAGAUUCCACCUGCAGCCCCUGGAGGACCCUAUGCCAGAGCAGGUGGAGGCACCUGAAGGAGGCUGUGGCCCAUGGGAAGCCCACACUGGAGCAAGUUCCUGGCAGGACCAGUGGCCCUGUGGACAGAGGAGCCCACGCCAGGGCAGGUUUGCUGGCAGGACUUGGGACCCCGUGGGGGACCCACACUGGAACAGUCUGCUCCUGAAGGUCUGCACCUCGUGGGAGAGACUCACGUUGGAGAAGGUUGUGAAGGACUGUCUCCCAUGAGAGGGACUCCACGCUGGGAGCAGGGGAACGAUGAGAGGAGUCCUCCCCCUGAGGAUGAAGAAGCGGCAGAAACACCGUGAGAUGAACUGACCAUAACCCCCAUUCCCCGUCCCCCUGUGCCGCUGAGGGGGAGCGGAGGUUGAAGCCAGGAGUGAAGUUGAGCCCGGGAAGAUGGGAGGGGUGGGGGGAGGUGUUUUAAGAUUUGAUUUUAUUUCUCAUUCCUCUACUCUGUUUUGCUUAGUAAUAAUAAAUUAGAUGAAUUUCCUCUC